AACUACUUCUACUUGCAACAUAGAAGGACUAGUUUUGGGGGUUAGUUCAAGACUGAGAUCACAUAGCAGAGAUGGCAUCAAUCACCAUGGCAGCAUCACUCAUUGGCAGCUCAGUCACCAGCAACCGGUCUCCGGUGGCAUCCCAGAGGAGGUUGGUGGUGGCAAAUGCUUCCAAAGCAGUUGAAGGAGAAAAGACAAGGGUCAGUUACGAGAAUGACAAGGAAGGCAACAAUGGCAGGAGGAACAUGAUGUUUGCUGCAGCAGCAGCAGCUGUUUGCUCUGUUGCUGGAAUGGCCAUGGCUGAUGAGCCCAAACGUGGCACCCCUGAAGCUAAGAAAAUCUAUUACCCUGUUUGUGUGACCAUGCCAACUGCUAAGAUUUGUCACAAAUGAGGGCCUUAGGCUGUAAUGUAAUGUUUUCCAUUUCAUAUGAUGAUCCUUUGACUCUCUGUACUAUUUGUUCAUGAAACAAUCUACUUUGCCUUU